AAUGUCUUCUCCUACCUCAGCAGACGGGGGAAAACCACCCACAAAAACUCUAUUUUGUCCUCCGUCUCUAUCUCUCUCUCUCCAAAAAAAUUUCAACGCUUAAAAGUCUAGAAAUUUAGAAGUCUCUCCACCAAGAGAAAAUAAAAUCAGAAGAAGGGGCAAAUUUAGAGAGAAAGAGAAGUGGGGGAGAGAGAGAACAGCAAAUAGAGAUCACAUGGAUUCCGAUCUAUGGAUCGCUCGUCUCGCCGCAGCAAAGAGGCAUUUCUCCCUCCAUCAACAUCAAAACUCCCAAUUAGAUCGAUUGGGAAUGGAUGAUUUCGAGGUCGAAGAGGAGAUUAGGCCGGAUUUUGCUUGCCCUUAUUGCUACGAGGAUCAGGACUUGGCGUCGAUUUGCAAUCAUUUGGAGGAGGAGCAUAGGUUGGAGUCAAAAGUUGCGGUCUGCCCGAUUUGUGCUGUUAAAGUUGCACGAGACAUGUUGAGCCAUAUCACCAUGCAACAUGGGCACCUAUGUAAGAGACGUAGAAAAUUACGCAGAGUUGCUAUUCCCAACAGCCAGGCACUUUCUCUACUUGGAAGAGACCUUCGUGAAGCUCACAUGCAGCUUCUUUCAGGAAUCGGUGGUUACCAAUCAAACAACACUGCUGGAUCAACUGCAGUUACUGAUUCAUUACUUUCAUCAUUUGUCUUAAAUUUCCCAACAUCAGAAGUUGAAGACCCAUCAAAAUCUACCAUAUUCUCUGCAGAACAAUUUAUCAGUAGCAGGACAACUCCUUUACCAACUUGGAAAUCAAAUCUCAAUCUUUCUCUGAGUCGCGAGGAGAGGGAGCGAAAGCAGAAGCAGGUUAUGUUCACUCAAGACCUGCUUCUCUCCACUUUGUUUGGGGAUUAACUGAAGCAGUGAACAAAUAGGCUCUAUUGGCACAUGAAGGCAUUAUUUAUUGCUUCGAGUUGCGUCGACAGUGCAUCAAAUUCUUGAUAAAUGAUUUUCCGCUGAAUCUAAAAGUUGCAGUAUACAGUCCAGGAGCCUUAAUGCUGCAUGUUUAUGGGACAAUCCUGAGGGUGCCUCUGUUCUUAUGUAUUGAGGCAGUGAUGGAUGACGUCUCUUUCAACUGAAUUCAACUCUUGUCUAUGCGAUAACAGUUUUUACAUUCCAAAACUUUAUUUUUAUGAAGUGAUUAUAUGGCUUGAUGAGCUUAAUAGAUCUUGUUUGUUGCAAACUGAAAAUCAACCAGAGGGGAAAAAAAUAGAUUUUAUGUAUUUAUUACUUGUAAAUUGGGUGUCGGGGGCAAUUUUGA